UCCUGACAGGUGACAUUUGUGGCAGUGACAUAAAUUUGAUUUAAUUGACACUUAUGAACUGUCACAAUUAUGUACUAUUUAGCGAAAUUUUGUCGUAUUUGCAUUCGAACGGGGGGUGAAUUAAAAGAUAUCGAUUCAAAAGAUUAUGACUCUAUAAAGUUAAGUGAGAAAUUAAAAGUAUGUACACAAAUGGUGAUAUCCAGGGAAAGUUUGUCUACGCAAAUUUGCUCUUCGUGUAUUAGCAAGCUUAGAGUUUCUUAUCAAUUUCACACUAUGUGCAGGAAGUCGACCACGAUCCUUCAGCAGUAUCUCACCGAGUUGCUGAGCAUGUCGGACGAUGCGGCCUCCAAUAAAUUGAGACUUUCAGAACUUCACGUUGACAUUCCGUCAGAAUCGCGCAAGCCUAGACGGAAGAGGGUCGGCAAAGACGAACGAUGCUCCUUACUCCGAAAACUGCUUUCCAAAGUAACAAAGGAUCAGAUUAUGCACAACAUCCACAUUCACGGUCUGACAAAGCUCUGUAAUACAAUUAUUCCUACGGAAACCGAGGCGAGAGUUCCCGUAGUAAAGGAACCGACCAAGAAGGUGAAAAGUGUCAAUUCGGGUGGUCUGAAGAGCCUCCUAAAGUUUACCAAAAAUUUCGAUUUCGGAUACGACAUUAACUUGGUCAUUGAUGAGCAAAAGAAUGUCGAUCUUACGCCUCUGGAGCAGCUGGCCAAGUUUACCAAAAACUUUUUUUGCGAUCACUUCAUUGAUUACAGGGAGAACAUUAUUAAUAUUAGCGAAACGUUAGACUCCGACUGUAGCGAUGACGAGACAAUGUUCGAUCACUGUGAGGAAGCCGAAACGAUACACGUAAAAGAAGAAAUUGUCAUGGUCGAACCUAGUGUAAGUAUAAAGCAGGAGUAUGUCGACGAAUCGGACAACUCCGCGUACCACUUAUCGUCUCCUUUAGUCCAAGCCUGUUACGAUAACGAGACGCAAGUUAAAGAGGAAUUUGACAGUGCUCAGUGCAAAGUGGAGACGUCCGGUUUUUUCGACGACAGUUACCUGCGUCAUUCCAAUUAUCUCGAGCAAAUGCAGAACUUUACGGAACAUUUUAAGACGAGUCGGACGUUGUCGCCUUACAGUGUAAAGUGUCGAACACGCGGCAAUCCGUUUAUUAAUCCGCAAUUAAAGAAACAAUUUUUAACUCGUAAUUUUAAGUGUUCCACGUGCAACCGAAAGUUUAAGAGUCAGGGGUAUCUAAAAGCUCAUUGUACUAGGCUGCAUCAUUAAUAAGAGAUCAUAUUCAAAUAGCUCUAAUUAACAUCACGCUUUUAUUCUUAUAAAGAAUGGCAUUAUAUUGGCUAGAACCAAUCUUAAGGAGGUGGUACAAAUUAAAGGUCUUUUUGGGAUAUGCAAAUUAAAGCUGUUUGAAAAUGAUCUGUCACUUACAGUGUGUAUUGCGACAAUUUAAGAAGUCUCUGUUCUGUCUAGGUACAUACAACUCCUACUGCUCUCAGUAAUUCGAAAAAUUCCAGUACAACGUAAUUGUCUUAACUGUUUUAGCAACUUUUAACUGUGAUAGUAUACUCUGUGGACCCCACAUUAAUCAUUCCAUGACUUCAAGUUACAGGUUGGUCAGUACAAGGUUGUAAUUUUGUUUAAGGUUUAGCUUUCCCAAUGAUAUUAAUGACCGAGAGAGGUUUUUACUGUACCAAGGUCCAAGAUGGAAACUAAGAGUUGUUUUUUUAAUGAAAUACCCUGUACUAAUGUACAAGGUAUUCCAUUCUGAUAAGUCUAAUAAUUUAGACAUUUGGAAUUCUAAUUUUGCCUGAAAACCUGAAAAUGCUUAUUUUUCGGAUGUUUUUCCCAAAAAUCUCUUAAAAAUAUCCAUAAACAUUUUUCAAAACCUCUGAAUUUUUAAAUAAAUUUACUAGAAGCUUUUCUUUCUUCAACUGUUGAAUUUUAUGCUGGAUUCUGUAAAUUUUGUUAAUAUUUUGACCAUUCUUAAAUACAGAUAGCAUUUGACGGCUCUUUAAAUAACAGCAAACUAACAAUUAAAGAGGUUGUAAUAGUUGCAAAAGUUUUAGUUUCAUUUCAUUAAAAAAAACUGUUCAUUUUAGGCAUAGGGAUGUCCAAUUUUUAAGUGUAAAAUCCACUGUUAAAAGAAUUAAGGGAUUUCCAUAAAAAAAUUUUCACAUUUUCAAAACUACAGUUUGUAAUGGAGGAUACUUUCUGCAAAUUUCAAAAAACUUGAAUAAUUCAUAAACUGUUUGGUUUAGGCCAGGGGUCGGCAACCUGCGGCUCUUUUGAUAUAAAGUUGCGGCUCUCCGUAUUUAUCUAAAGAAAUUAGUUCAUGUGUACGAAAUUCGCCCUUUUAAUUAAUCUUAUUUGUUUACGAAAUCAA